CUGUUCCUGUGUAGGGGGGCAUCGGGUAUAAAUUCUGGGAGAGCAGCACUGAAUUAUCUACAGCUGAGAACCUCACACUGUUGCUGGAACUGAAGUGUGAGCUCUACAAAAAUGAAGCUACUACUAUUACUUUUUCUGUGUGUUGUUGGAACUCUCGCGGGAGAUGUGCCUAAAGAAACCGUAGAUGCCCGGGGUCAUCGUCCUGUCAGUAGAGGUCGUGAGACGUACUCCGCAGGCCCAGCUGCCCCUCCUCCCAUCGGUGGGGGAGGCCGUUACGGUGGACGACCAACUUCCGCGCCGGUGGGGAAAGCUGCGCAGGAGAAGAAAGAGUAUCCAGAAGCGGGUGGAUGUACCCACAUGUCUGAGGAAAUGGGAGUGUUGUGUCCCACAGGUUGUGAGCUGAAGAAAAGCCUCCUGAAGCAAGAACGUAACGUGAGGCCAUCUGUAGAUCAGCUGAAAAGAUCUGUGGAUGAGUUGACCCAGUCCACCAACUCCAUCUAUGGCUACGUCUUGGAUAUGACCGCAGAAGUAGCACAAAGACAAAGAGUCAGCGAGGGCAAUGGUUUGCUGGUUGGUCAGUACACAGACAGCCUAGAGAGCCAGCAUGCUUUUAUUAAGGAUGCUGUAGACGUCACCUUCCCCCAGAACAUCAAAAUCCUACAGGGUGUCCUGGAUAAGAUCCGUGAGAAGAUCCAGCGUUUGGAGAAAGCCAUCACUACUCAGAGGGCCAAGUGCCAAGCGCCUUGUAAAGUCAGCUGCCCAAUUCCUGUGGUUUCCGGCAAGGAGUGCGAGGACAUCAUUCGCAAAGGAGGAGAGGACUCUCAGAUGUACCUCAUACGGCCUGAUCCACUCAGUACGCCUUACAAGGUCUUCUGCGAUCAGACAAGUCAAAAAGGAGGUUGGGUGGUCAUCCAGAGCCGAAUGGACGGCAGUGUUGAUUUUGGCAGGCGCUGGGACGACUACCGAAGAGGCUUUGGAAACAUUGCAUUUGAUGUGGGCAAAGGGCACUGCCAGACUCCUGGUGAAUACUGGUUGGGUAACGAGCGUAUUAGUCAGCUUACAAAGAUGGGUCCAACUGAGCUUCUGGUUGAAAUGGAAGAUUGGUCCGGUUCAAAGGUCUACGCUCAGUACGAGCAGUUCACUGUGCAGGGCGAAGCCACCAACUACAUCCUAGCAGUUGGUCGUUACUCAGGAACGGCUGGAAACACAUUGUUGGAUGGCGCAACAGAACUGUUUGGAGAAAACCGUACCAUGACCAUCCAUAACGGCAUGAUGUUCAGCACCUAUGACAGAGAUAAUGACAAAUGGACACCUGGAGAUCCUUCAAAGCAGUGUUCAAGAGAAGAUGGAGGCGGAUGGUGGUACAACCGCUGCCACGCUUGUAAUCCUAAUGGGCGAUACUACUGGGGCGGAUCUUAUACAAAAUACAUGGCCAAGCAUGGGACAGAUGAUGGCAUUGUGUGGAUGAACUGGAAGGGCUCGUGGUAUUCGCUCAAAACUAUCAGCAUGAAGAUCAGACCUUAUUUCAAACAGAGAUAAAAGUGAAUUGAAAUGAGAUACAGUAGAUGUGUCCAUUCUUGAGUACAUCCCCAUUCAAUGCCACCCAUUUAUUUUAGGUUUUUUUGAGAAAAUAUAGGAGGAUAAUAAAAACUAAACCUAAAUGUUUACAAGAGCUACUAUUUUGUAUUUGCAUGAAAGUGUAUGACUUAACGUGAAAAGUCUGAGACUGUGUUAUUGGAAAUGUUAAAAAAAGGAAUAUGUGGGGGCAAAAUGCAAAAACAUAAAAAAUAAGAUGGAUACACAAUCCACCUAAUUCUCAUUAAAGCUGAUCUACAAAAAAAUGUAACAA